GCUCCUCUGGGUAUGGAUCGUCACAAGAUUUGUCCGAUAGUGAGGCUGUAACAGCUAAUGACACUGUUGACACCCCUGAUAGGGAACAUGUAGGACCCACAUCCAGGCCAACAAAUAGCAUUCUCAACACAAGGAUAGGACAUUGGACAAGCUCAGACUCAAUGAGUUUCAGGAAUACACAGACCCUGACUGAGCAUCUGAGAACAAUCUCAUAUAUACCACAACUAUGUGAUGUCAUCUUUGAAGUUGGACCAGAAAAGGUCAAAGUUCAUGGUGUCAAGGCCAUCCUUGGAACAAGAAGCAGAGUACUGUACAACUUGAUACUGAAGAAACAAAAAGAGCAAGAGUUCAAAGGAAAAACUCAUAAAAAGGACAAAAAAAAGAAAACAUCCAGUAUUUUUCAAAAUGAUGUAUUGAUCACAGUCCAGAAAUACCAACCAGAAGAUUUCAGGAAGAUUAUUGAGUUUAUACAUUGUGGAUCUGUUGACAUCAACUCCAGCUGUCUGGCAGGACUCUUAUGUGGAGCAUCACAGUUUGGCCUUGAUGACCUUGAGAAAGCAUGCUGGGAUUUUGUUAAUUAUUGUGUGAAGAAUGGAACUGUGCUAAGUUUAUUACCAUCUGCCAAGAGAUACUGUAACUUCAAACUUGGUCAAAUCUUAAUGGAAAAGAUAUUCCGCGGCGUCAGAAGAACAGUUACAGUAUAAUAUGGAAGACUAAACAAAACAAGUGCUAUUUGUUCCUGAUAUAAACAUUAAAAGUUGCUAUCUAC